AUGGUAUCAUUACACAAGCCUAAUAAAAGGGGUUUAACCGCUGCUGUGUUUGAGAAGGAAGGUCACAGGCAACUGGAGUCACUGCUGACUAAAACAGUGCCAUACUUGGAAGGAGCGUUUGCUUCCUACUUGAAGCAGAGUCGUUCAGCACUGAAAAAAACCUACACCAGCACUCUGACUAUUGAUUGCCCAAUAUCAAAUUUCCCAUUCCUGAACACGAUCACAGAGAAGCUAACAAAGCUCAGCUCAUGUUCAGAGUUUUCCCAGAGGUCCUGUGAAGAAUGUCUAAAAAAUGUUUCGUGCCUUUGGUGUUAUACCAACAACACUUGUAUUGAUUACCCUGUAAGAAGCAUUCUUCCACCAUCUUCAUUAUGUUCACUCUCAAAUGCUCGAUGGGGAGUUUGCUGGAUAAACUUUGAGGCUUUAAUUAUUGCCAUAGCUGUAGUAGCUGGACUCAUUCUGGUGUCCAUAGCAGUCUGUUGCUGUUACUGCUGUUACUGCAGAAGGCGUUCCAGGAGUAGACCAGAUGAAGAAGAAGAACGGCUAGCUAGAAAAAGAGAGGAACGAAGACUACAGUCUCUUCAGAGGUUUAUUAGCAUGCCUAUGAGUAACAAGCAUGCCCUGGCUUGGCAGCCUUCUCUCUUCCCUACAUCAGCAGCAGAAGAGGGGAAGGCCAUGUGCGGAAUCAGUUCCCUGAACUGGCUCACGGAGCAGGGACACCAGCUUCAGUGCCAGUUCAUGGCGGGGGGACCGGAGCAUGCAGCCGUGCAGGGUGGAGCUGCAGCUGCCUGCACGUGGCCUGGCUUCACUGCCUGGGGAGCAGCCCAUUUGAGGAAAAGCACGGUGCCGGUUUAA